AUGGCAGACGUCGACAUGCCCGACGUUGGUCCCCCAACCGACCACAUUGACACCUCUACCCCCGAAGAGACGCUCAAUUUACUCUACGAUCUUGACGCACUGACACAGAUUCCAGAAGGGGAGUUCACCAAGGACAUUCCCCCACCGCCGAUAGGAGAGUUUACCAAGCCAGCUAGUAAGUCCACACCGACGCAAGAUGGGCAGCCUGGACCUUCGUCGGUACCGGGCGGCUCAGGAAACCAGGUUGAUGAUGAGGAGGAGGAGGAGGAGGAGGAGAGCGACGACGAAUACGACGAGCGUCCUCCGCGUAGCACGAAUCCGCGCACCUUGGAAGAACGCCUCCGGCGGGAACUUGAAUACAUAGAUGACAUGCUAGAACAGGACGAGGACGAGGACGAGCAGAACAUGGCGGUGCCACGCGAACAGUGGAGAGCAGCAGACUUCGUCGAGGACGACAUGGUUUACGCAAGCAUCGACGUGCUGGUCAUAGACGCCCUACGCCACCUGCAAACCUUGGAGAAGAAUAGCACGCUGAGGCUGUACACCUCGUUCAUCUACCAUUACAAGAGGUGGGCGGCGAAAAUGCUGACGCAAAUACGCGACAAGCUUCCCCAGGAGCACAGGCUUAGGCACGUCGACGAGAUCGGCCACUACAUCCGGGACAACAAGAAGAAGAACUGGGACAAAGUGGCCGAGGUCCCUCGAGAGUACAUCUGGCUGCACGGCCCUAGGGUAACCGAAACCCGGCUGCGCGCCUAUGUGAAGUUCAUGAUACGUGAGUGUCAGCUCGAUGCCGAGUCGAUCGAGGAGGGGAACAAUGCCCCGCGAACCCAGCCGGUGCAAGGUACAACGGUGCACACGCUCCUCGGGCGCAUAAAGGCAUGCCAGAUGGCGGCGAGAGUGGAGGCGACGCUCUACCGGGAGAAGGAGCUGAGCAUCAUGCGGGAGAUAUCGGUGGUCAGAUCGGAGGUGCGGUUCAUGGUCCGCACCAAGAACGAGAGGGACGUCAAGAAUUGUGCCGACCGGCGUCGCGGCACCAUAGGCGAUACAUACACCGCCGAACAGUUCCGCCAGAUCAUGAUGAAGGUGCUGCCGACAUGGGCGGCGUCGGCGUGGAACCCGCGGGCAACCGCUCCUUCGCAGACGCUGUGGCGAUUUCUGCUCACCAAGGCGCUCACGCUACUCUCCCACCACACUCUCCUGCGAGGCGCCAGCAUCCGCGAGAUCACGCUCCCCGACAUCUUCUUGUACCGACUGGCUAGCACCUCGUCGAUAAACCCGGAGAACCAGCCGGUCGUCAUGGUGAUCGCCGCGCGGAACUCGAAGACUUCCAAGGAUGCCCGUCUUCAGCAGAGCUACGUGGCGCGACACCUGGAAGCGGAGUUGUGCGCCGUCGGCGAGACCGGCCUAUGGUUGCACUUCAUCCUCGACCAGAUCGGUCAGUUCAACGGCGUCGACUUCCUUCCGCCGCUUGACACCACCGAACGCGAGCGCUGGUACAAGAAGCACCUCUUCUUCGCCCGCAACGACAAGGAGCAAAAAGAGCUCUCCGCCUCCAGCCACCAACGUUGGACGCGGCAGUUGUGGACGACCAACAAGGCGGAAACACGAGCUGCCAAAGAAGGGAGCGACGCCGACAAAGCCGCCGUGCACUUCUGGCGUACCCUCCAGAUGAUGCGCCGCAUCGUCGCCGAGGACCUCGCGGUGAAGCUCGUCCGCACCCCUUGGCACCCGUACGUCCAAGGUUCGAAGCUCUGCCGGAUUGCCCUCUUUCAGCACUGGGCGAAAAGGGUCGAGAAGAUCGACACCGAAACGAUCAACAAACGCCGGGACCCAACCCUCAUUCAGGCAGAGGAAAUCUCCGUUCGCUUGGACACCGAAUACCAUAACAUGUCCCUCAAGGAGACGCUAAAGUACGAGAGGGAGCGCGCCGCGGUCGAGAAGAUCGACCUUCAGGAUGAACUCGAGAAGCGCGACGAUACCAUCGCGACGCUGACCGCCGAGAUAACCCGUCUCACCGAGGCACUCCGUGUGUCAGAAGCACGGAGGAUGCCGGAGACACCGCCGUCGGGGAACGAGCAGACGCCGAGCGAGAGUGGCUCCGCGGAUUCGGCCAGUCCGGGGGCCAGAAACAAGAAACGGUACGAGAAACCCCCACAGACGCUCGACGAGGCUCGUUACGAGCUCAACGUGGUGCAACCUUGGCGGGAGUCAAAGACCGUGAGGGACGCUUGGCGCCUCUGGAACUCCGCCACCGCCAAUGACACCCGCCGUCUUUGCGAUAGGGUCGCCGAGCCGGGAUUCGUCGACCGCCACACCCUCCUCAAAGGCGCGACGCAGGGUGCACACGACAUGAAGGUGCGCCGCAUGCUGAAGGCCAUGGAUGCGGUGCGCCUUCUUCGCUCGAGCGACGGCGAUUCCGACACCGAAGCCGUCGUGGCUGCCCUGAACAAGAUCGCGGCGCCGGGCAUCGGGACCUUCUGCGAUGCCCUCACGGUGCUCAAACCGGGAACCGCACCGACGAAGUCCAAGGAGCCCGGCAUGGGCGUCAAGGGGCUGGGCCCCAAGUCGGUCUCGAAGCUACGUCUCGCCUGUGCGCUGGUGGCGGUCAACUUGAAGCCGACCGCUUGGGUCGCCGUCCUGUUUCCAGACACCUGGGAGGAGCAGAUGCCGAAGACCGUGGCGGACAUGGAGCGGCAGACCGCACCUGUGCUGCGUCCUCCGACGAAGCGCAAGAAGGCGGCAUGA